CCUCACUCCACAGACAUGUCGCGCAUUAGCUGAAGUAAACCUGUCAUCGCGGCUCAUCUUUUGGGCCAACGCAAGAAAAAAACAAAUGAAUAAAUAACCAGCAGGUGAGGAUCUGCAGACGCUCAGCCUUGCAUCGGACCCCAGCUUUUUCCACCUUUUUUUUAUUAUUAUUAUUAAAUAGCCUGGAUAAAAAUUACAUGCAUUUUCUCCACUAAUGAACCAAGCCAGUAAUGCAGGAGACCGAGGCUACCCUCUCAUCAUUUUUUCAAGAUGGCAGAUAUUUAUUGAGUUUUGAACAGAAAGCUGGCUUUAUUCUUUGCCAUGAAUAACAGGAAUCCUUGCACCGAUGGCCCCUGUAUACCAAGGUAUGGCCUCGCAAGUGCAAGUGUUCUCCCCUCAAACUCUCCAGUCAAGUGCCUUCUUUAGCGUAAAAAAACUCAAGGUGGAGCAGAGUUGUAACUGGGAUAUGACAGGGUACGGCACACAUAGCAAAGUCUACAGCUACAACAGCAGCAAGAACGUUUCUGCCACCGGUGGUGCUCCUCUAGGCAUCAACAGCUCCCUGCAGGUCGCCAGCUCCACCCUGCCCUACGAGCAGGCCCUGAUCUUUCCAGCCAGCGCUGGUCAUAUUGUGGUUGCCUCAGCUAGCAGCACCUCGGGGGCCGUCGGGUCUCUGCUGGGUAGCAGUGGUGGAGGCAACAGCAGCAGCAACAGCAGUGGCGGAGGCGGUGGAGUUCACAACCUGACGCGCCGCAGCACGGUGAGUCUCCUGGACACUUACCAGCGAUGUGGGCUUAAACGCAAGAGUGAAGAGCUCGACAACAACAGCAGUGUGCAGAUCAUUGAGGAACACGGCCCACCCAUGAUCCAGAACGGAGGAACAGGUGGAGCAACGGCGGCCACGGUGGCAACCGCCACCUCCACAGCGACGUCCAAAAACAGCGGCUCCAACAACGAGGGGGAUUACCAACUAGUCCAGCAUGAGGUGCUCUGCUCCAUGACCAACACCUAUGAAGUCUUGGAGUUCUUGGGUAGAGGAACCUUUGGGCAGGUGGUGAAGUGUUGGAAAAGGGGAACAAAUGAGAUAGUGGCCAUCAAGAUCUUAAAAAACCACCCUUCAUAUGCACGGCAGGGGCAAAUUGAGGUCAGCAUCCUGGCGCGCCUCAGCACAGAGAGCGCAGACGACUACAACUUUGUGAGAGCCUACGAGUGCUUCCAGCACAAGAACCACACGUGCCUGGUGUUUGAGAUGUUGGAACAGAACUUGUAUGACUUCCUCAAACAGAACAAGUUCAGCCCUUUGCCACUCAAGUACAUCAGACCUGUGCUUCAGCAGGUGGCAACGGCGCUAAUGAAACUGAAGAGCCUCGGACUGAUCCACGCCGACCUGAAGCCAGAGAACAUCAUGCUUGUGGAUCCUUCUCGUCAGCCCUACAGGGUCAAAGUCAUUGACUUUGGCUCAGCCAGUCAUGUGUCCAAAGCAGUGUGCUCCACUUAUCUGCAAUCCAGAUACUACAGGGCUCCAGAGAUCAUCCUCGGCCUUCCGUUUUGUGAGGCCAUCGACAUGUGGUCACUGGGUUGUGUAAUAGCUGAGCUGUUUCUGGGAUGGCCCCUGUACCCUGGAGCCUCAGAGUACGAUCAGAUCCGGUACAUCUCGCAGACGCAGGGUCUUCCUGCAGAAUAUCUUUUAAGUGCAGGGACAAAGACCACCCGCUUCUUCAACAGAGAUCCAGACUCCACCUACCCUCUUUGGAGACUGAAGACUCCGGAAGACCAUGAGGUUGAGACGGGGAUCAAGUCCAAGGAGGCUCGCAAGUAUAUCUUCAACUGCUUGGAUGACAUGGCACAGGUAAACAUGACAUCGGAUCUUGAGGGGAGCGACAUGCUGGCAGAAAAGGCUGACCGGAGGGAGUUCAUCGACCUGUUGACCAAGAUGCUAACCAUUGACGCUGACAAGAGGAUCACCCCCAUCGAAACACUUAACCACCCCUUCGUUACCAUGUCACAUCUCCUUGAUUUCCCUCACAGCACACAUGUAAAGUCAUGCUUCCAAAACAUGGAGAUCUGCAAACGUCGUGUCAACAUGUAUGAUACAGUCAACCAGAGCAAAACGCCCUUUAUCACCCAUGUGGCCCCCAGCACCUCCACCAACCUCACCAUGACCUUCAACAACCAGCUGAACACUGUGCACAGUCAGGCCACCAACCUGGCUCCCUCCUCCACCAACAAUGCCACCCUUUCCUUUGCAAGUCCCGAUGUCUCCAUACUAAACUACCAAUCUGCACUCUACCAGCCUUCUGCUGCGUCCAUGGCGGCUGUGACCCAAAGGAGCAUGCCCCUGCAGCCCGGUGCGCCGCAGCUCUGCGCCGCUCGGCCUGACCCCUUCCAGCAGGCUCUCAUAGUGUGCCCACCAGGAUUCCAAGGUUUGCAGGCAUCCCCUUCCAAGCACACCAGUUACUCUGUGAGGAUGGAGAAUGCUGUUCCUAUAGUGACGCAGGCCCCCGGUGCCCAGCCUCUGCAGAUUCAACCUGGCCUCCUCACACAGCAGGCCUGGCCCAGCGGCACCCAGCAGAUCCUGCUGCCUCCAGCGUGGCAGCAGCUUACUCACACCUCAGUCCAGCAUGCCACCGUCAUCCCAGACUCCAUGAGCAGCACGCAGACUCUCGCCAACUGGAGGAAUUCGCAUCCCCAUGGAAGCCAUUAUAAUCCCAUCAUGCAGCAGCCAGCCCUGCUGACUGGUCAUGUCACACUCCCAUCGAACCAGACCCUCAAUGUAGGCGUGGCACAUGUCAUGAGGCAGCCAUCGUCCAACAACAGCUCCUCCUCCAAAAAGGCCAAACAGCACCAGAUGCCGACCAGCUCUGUUUUUCCCAGGAACACGUCGACCUACGAGGUAUCAUCCUCGCAGGUGGUACUGUCCCCACAACGAUCGAAGCGGGUGAAAGAGAACACGCCCCCUCGCUGCGCCGUGCUGCAGAACGGGUCGGGGACCAACUGCCUGCCUUCGCAGGGAUGUGCUGGAGGAGGAUGGGGGGCUCACGAAGCACAGCAGGCUUCCAGCACCACUCGUGACCAUCAGCACCAUGGCCCCAGACAGACCAUCAUCAUCCCCGACACGCCCAGCCCUGCCGUCAGCAUCAUUACCAUCAGCAGCGACUCAGACGAGGAGGAUGACCAAAAACAGAACAACGGCUCAUCUUCUAAACAUAGAAAAAAUGUUAUCAGCUGUGUGACAGUCCAUGAUUCUCCAGAAUCCGACUGCUCCAGCCACAACAGCCCCUACAACCUAGAGUCAAGACCCCACAACAACAACAUUAACAACAACAGCUACGAUACAAAAACCACCAUCCUGGAUAACUGCAACAAUGGGAACCCUCGCACAAUCAUCAUCCCCCCUCUAAAAACGCAGAACAGUGAGGUGUCGAAUGAUUGUGAGCGGCUGAUGCCAGAUCUAAUGAAUCAUCAGAAUACUGCCUACAAGUUUAAAUCCUCCAAUGGAGUGACAUUGGGCAAUAAUAACCUACCAGGGGGCGCCGCUGGAGGCGUGGCCUACCGACAGCAGCGCUCAGGGCCACACCCACUUCAGCAGCAGCCCCUUAAUCUUAGCCAGGCUCAGCAGCACAUGGUGGCUGAACGGAACGCCGGACACCGCCGGCAGCAGGCUUACAUCACCCCAAACAUCGCGCCCCAAGCCUCAUAUUCCUUCCAUCACAACAGCCCCUCCCACACUGGCAAUGUUCACCCACACCUGGCUGCCACCCACCUCCCCAGCCAGCCACACCUCUACACCUACACAGCCCCCACCGCUCUGGGCUCCACAAGCACUGUGGCCCACCUGAUGGCAUCACAAAGUUCGGCGCGACACGCAGUGCAGCACGGGAGCUACCCUCCCAGCAUUGUCCACCAGGUCCCUGUUAGCGUGAGCCACCGCGUACUUCCCUCACCCACCCUGCACCAUAGUCAGUACCAGGCCCAGUUCGCCCACCAGGCCUACAUCAGCGCCUCACCCGCCUCCACUGUCUACACUGGAUACCCGCUGAGCCCCACAAAGGUCAACCAGUAUCCUUACCUCUAGAGACGAGCCGGACCAACACUGAAGGGCCUAACCCUGGAGGGCCCGACCCAGCAAUGCUGCUUCCUCCAUCCUCCAUCCCACCAACAUCCUCUCCUUAACCUCAGACAUGAACAGAGACAGAGGAACAUGCAAUCCUUAUAAAGCUGUCAUGGGUAACUUGAAGAAAGAACGACUGAAACAGGAAGAAACAUGACUAAUAUCGUCAUUAGAGGGAAAGAUGGCGACAAUUUUUCUUCUUUUGACAUUUUUCCCCCCAGAAAAGGGCCAGUUUUUAGCUUUCGUUUGCCUUUUCUUCUCUUUGCUUUACUUCUUGGAAAAAGAGACAUCUCGUAAGUUUAAUGGGGAAACGUUCGGCAGGUGUUUUUCAAGGAAAGGGUUUUCUGUUUUAUUUUUGUUGUUUCCCAACCCCCACCCCCUCCUCCCCCUGCCUAAUAUAAGUGGGAAGUGACUGAUGAACAGGGGUUAUAUUGACUGGAAGUUUGAAAAACCCAAAAGAUUUGGGACAAGGUGAAAUACGGAAACCUGCUGCUCUUCAAAGAAAAAAAAAAACAAUACUGAUGGCCUUGAACUGUCUUAGUAUUUCCAAAUCAGUUGUGGUGUGGGGAGAAAACGAAGAGAGGAAACUCCACCCACUCCACCUUCUCCAGCAGAGGAGGGACCUGGAAAUCUAUCCAACAGAAGACAACAAAUCUUUUAGUGUAUUUAUAGAUAUUUUUUCUUUGGUUUUUCCACCUUUAUGAUGCUUCAGUUGGAUCUAGGUGUCUUAGCUGGGCCCCGUGUAUAGAAUGUAGCAGUAUGCACCUGUUUUUAUUUCCUUUUUUACUCCCUUGAUACCAAUAGAGUUUUUCUCUCUUUUUUUUCUCUUCAAUGUGAUUGCACAAAGUGGUUAUAAUAACAUAGGCAUGUACAAAGUGAUUGUCUGUGUCUGCUACUGUCAGCCAUGUGUGUGUGUGUAGUUUAUCUCCACAGGAUCCUCCUCAGUCUUUAGAUGUUGAUCGUCGUUCCCUCGUAGUGCCUUACAGAUUAACCAACACAGUUUACUCGGCUUGGGUCCUGAAAGCCACGAGAGACUAGAGCUAUACGCAGAGAGAAACGUUCCCCUGGUUUGACAUCCUAAUCAGGGCACUUGUAGCUUUCUUCCAGGUGUAGGCUCAGCCCUUGCCGAUUCUUGCCCAUAACGAAAGCGUGCCGUAGAUGAAGAAGAUUAAUGUCAAAGCAGAAAUCACACAAGCUUUUUUUUUUUUAUCCUGUGUGCAUGAGAUAACUUGCCUGGAGUACUUACCAAAGUGGUAGAUUAAUUCUUUUUAAAUUUUGCUUAGGAAAUUUCUUGGGAAUUAAAUAUACGUAGAGUAAUGCUGUAGUUCUGAAGCUCUGUCACAAUGACACCAGGGAUGUGGCUUUAGUUUGGUUUUAUUUUUUCUCUGGGAAUCGCACCGCAUUGAACAGAUGAACAGAAAGUUGUUUUUUUUUUUUUUUUUUUUUUUUAUGUUACAGUAUAACAUUUGAGUUACAGUAGUUUUUAAGGUGCGUCUCAUGAAAUUAGAAUCUGAUGAGAUGUUAUUUGUUUCAUGUAUUUUACUGGUAUCUACUACGCAUAAAGUACGAAAGUUCAGUUAAUUUCUUUUUGUUAAUUAUAAUGAUUCUGGCUUUGAUUUAAUGAAACAGCAAUGUUCAGUCUUACAGUCAAAUCAGCUUAAAAUCUUGAGAUCCACUAGAGUAAUAAAACUAAACAAUAAAAAAUAAUGAUUAUGAAGGAUAUUUAUGUUAUAUAUAUAUCAAAACCUGACAUUACCAAAUAUAUUGCUCGUCAACGCCAUUUUUAUCACUAUUGUUCCUAUAACUAAUUGAUUUCUAUUUUAUCCAUUUUACUCUCUGGCCUAAUACUAUUCCCUAAUACCAUUUUCUUACAUAAAAGCAAUAGCAAGGCAUUUUUAAGAUUUGUUUUGUUGUUGUGUUCAACAAAAUCUAUAAAAUAAAAUAUAUAAAAUAAAUAAAUCUUACCUGACAGUUGCUGUAGAGGCCACAUUGAGGGUUAGCAAAAGGUCAUUGCCAGGACAGAAGUUGAGCAUUAAUAGAGUAUAAUUGCAAACAAUGGAAAAUUUAGUGGGAGGAAAAAGUGUGGUAAAAAAUGCCUGUGUAAAUCCUCUGUUAUGGGGGUCAUGGAAACAACAAAACAGGCUUCAAUUAGAGACCAUCUGAAUUGUAAUGUCUGGUGGCCUCUGAUUGAAGCACGCUUUGUUGUGGUAGAAGAAAAUGUGAGUUUUCUGGGCAGUCAAGGGCAGUGAUGAUUAAAUCAUUAAAGUAGGUCUUUGUGGUGUAGACAGAAAGUCCUAUCAAAAAAUACAAUUUGUAUUUCUAUAAACUUUGUUCCAAAACAGACUUUGGGCACGUUGAAAUACAGCAGACCAACAUCACCAAGUCCCUUGGUUCCUAGAAUACAAGACAAUACUUAUAUAACAAUUUAUUGAGCCAAAGGACCCCAAACAUUUUAGCUUAAAUUCUGUCAGACAAGCAGGUGAAGUGCCUGGCUCAAGGACACAACUACUGAGGCAAAAAGAGCAGGGGCUCAAACUGGCAACCUACUGGUUCCAUUACAAAACUACAUUCUGAGCUCCAGUACCUUCACCCUAUAGAGACUCAGAGACAUUGAUUCGCAAGUUAUUUCUAAUUUCACCUUAAUGUGGAAAGCUUUUUCUACAAGUCUGUUUUCCUUCUGCUAAAUUUUCCAUUAAUAUUCUUGGAUAAAACCCUGUGUGAAAAUCGAAUGUCUUUAACAAUGACCUGUAAAGCUUAUCUCCCUUAAAGAGAGUCUUAAUGGAAAACUGUCAGGUCGGCCAUCUUCCCUACGACUGUGUGGGUUUUCAUUAGCCAUGAUCAUUAUAGUUAGCAGAAAUAAAUGGUUAAAAUAAAUCAGGUUAAAAAGAUCUAUAUAAAUCUCCCUUUUUGAAUUUAAUUGGGGAAAUAAUUUCCCUUAAUGAUGUUGAUAAGACUGUAUUUUCAAGGUUAAGAACUGGUUUGAGAGAAAGUUUUGACCGAAAGUGAUUGUUGCCAUGAGGUUGAUUCUGUGGGGCUGGAGAUAUUUCUUGGCUGCAGCAACAAGACAGAGUACAGAUGGACGUUUGAAAGAGAUACCAUGCAAGGGAGGACGUAAGGAGUCAGUUUAGGUAGGAAUGGGGAGAACUCUAUCUUAAAAGGGAAUAAAAUGGUUGCAAGUUGGCAAUGAGCAUGUUGAUUGUUACUCUGAGCCGCGCUGGGUGCUGCCUCACCUGAGCGUGCACUGAAAAAUCUCACAUGAACUCUUUUGUUUUUGUACUUUUACUGCUGUUCAUGAUGAAUCGGAAAUUUUUCGCCGAAGGGAAACGGGACAAGCAUACACCUGGAAGGGCACCUUGCAGAUGUUUUUGUCUCCAUUGUCCAUUUGUCUUCAAUCCAGGUACACCGUAAAAACCACCAUGCCAACCUGAGAGGGAUACUGGAGCACUUAGAGAAUUAAUAGGGCUACAGCUGUGUGUGUUUGCUGCUUGAUUUCAUGGCUUCAUAGCCAGAAGUACAAGUAAACCCUUCCUGUUCAUUUGUCCUAUUGGACGUAGGUAGACCAGAGCUGCUGGUGGUUUAGUCAAAGCCUUCUCCCCUCCUCCUCGGUAUGCCAUAGUACUUGCAUUUGAAGUGAUUUUUAUUUUAUUGUUUUCUCUUAUUAACUUAUCUGAUUUUUUUUUAAUGGCUGUAGUAGCUACAUGUGUUUAUUUCUAGAGAUUGUUGCAAUAAUUCUUGUGGAUAUUUUAUCAAAAUGUGUGCGUAUUUUUAUUAUAUGUCGAGCUUAUUUUGAGUUUGUAACCUGAUGUACAGUAAUAUUUAGUAUUCAGUGAAGGUGGGUGCACCUGUGUAAAGCGUUUUAACACUGCUGAGGAUUAAAAAACUGGGUGGGCUGAUGAUAAUUCACUGGGACCCUUUAGAAACGUGCUCUUCAAACCCACGGGUGCCGGUUUGUAAUCCAGCAGAGGUUUCCCCAGGCCCCAUGGAGUUGUCUUUCAAACUGGUACUUUCUACUCGGAGAUGCAAUUGCAUAGUACAUUGCUGGUUACAUCAUUUGUUUCUGUUCUAUUUUCUGUUUCAUCUCUUUCAUUUCCUCUGGCUCAGCCAGGCCUAAGCACACAUGCAUAACUUGGAGGAUUUAUGAAUCAAACUACUGAAACAUUCCACUGUUUUGAGGGAAUUUCACAUUACCAACUACUGUCCACGUCCGACACCAUGGAGACAGACUGCUGCUUGUCCCACCAAAGACUUUAACAAGAUCAACCAUGCACAGCACAGAACAAGCAAUCCUCCUCAUUGUUGCCAGAAAAGCCAGGCAAUAACUUCUGGUUCAAUGUUAAGAUGCUUCAUAAGUACUUUUCAAGAGGUGUUGUUUUCACACUGUGAAAUGCAUGUGUGUGAGGAUUUAACUUGCAUAGAGCACAGAUGUUUUUCUGUUGACCCUCAGCUACAGUGCUAUGAUAAAGCCCUUGCCCCUGGGAGGGUUAUCUUCUUUUUUCACAUUUGGAUCUUUCAAAUUAUGAGACAAUAUUCAUUUAUCUGGCAAAGAUAACCUGAGUAAAAACAGAAGGCUGUUUUGAAAUGAGGGUUUUUAUAAAGCUAUCCUAACCAACCUUUUCUAUGUGAAACAUAAAUAACUUUUUUAUGUCAUGAAUCGACUGUUGUCAGCUACAUUUUUUGUUUCAUCUCCUUAGCCGCCAACGUAGUUAUUGCUUGCAUAUAGAAUGAAGAUAUCACUUAAAGGGGUCAUUGCCAGCAGGAGCAGAUCCUGCCCAAAUCUAAAGAAACCAAGAACAGAGAUCAGUUUACAAGGUCACAUAGACAUUCAAAGACAUUUAGGGUCCACAGUGAAAGUCACUGUCCACAGACAGAGAGAACAUGGAACUGUGGGGAACCGUCCCAGGAGAGGUUGUUCACUCAGAGAUUGCAUUGGCUGAACAACAUCUGAAGCUCGCUUGGUCUCAGCUGACUCAGUUAUGGUCAAGAUUAGCAAUUUUUAUUACAUUAAGAAAGUAAAACUAGCCAUAGUUGGAGGUUUCUCAGUUCAAAAUGACUUCUGAGCAAACUACAUCUUGAUGAUCCGUAAUGCUGUUACAUCUGGUGCAUAAGCAGCAUUUUACUGACAGAAAUACGGAGGUGGUAGUGUGAUGAUGUGGGACAUAAUGGAACCAUUGGUUCCAUUAAGCUUGGUUUAUGCUAGGAUGGGAAUUCAUGCUAGCUAAUCCAGCUCUGUUUGGAUUGGUCUAGUCAAAGUCUGAAUUUAAAUCCAAUGGAGAUAGAGCUUAAACAAGCAAAUAAGGCUUAAAAUCCCCUGUGUGGCUGGAGUAAAACAGUUCUUAACAGCAAUAUAAACAAAUAUAUAUGCCAGAUAUUAAGAACCCUUAGAGAUAGCUGGUAUCUGCAAGGGUGGCUAAACAAAUUUCGUAGCUUUAGUAGUUAUACUUUCACAUUGGGUCAGGCGGGCAUGGGAUCCUUUUUUUAAUUUUAUGUUUCAAACCAUCAUUUAAAAAGCCUGUUUCUGUAUUUACUUAUGCUAUCUUUGUCUGAUCUUUACGAUGUUUAGAUGUUCUAAAAUAUAACAACUGGAUAAUAUACUUUUUCACAGUUCUGUAUCAAAACAGUUUCUGUUUAAUGUUGAACUCUUCCUCAUUUUUUGCCGCCUUUCAAAUGGAAUCAGAUCAUACAUGCUCCUUCCUGAUUGUUAUUUUCUUUUUAUGAUGUUUGAGCUUUAUUCUUAAAAGUCUUUUGUGUUUUAACUAAAAAAAAUAGGUCUCACACUAGACCUAUGAAUAUAAAUAAUCCAAAAUGUGUGAAAUAUACCUUUAAAGAUCAUGGUCACCUGCACAAAUGAAUGUAAUAUUAUGUGAGCCAACCGCAUCUUCAGCUGUAGGUGAUCUUUUUGUUCAUUUGUGCGCAGUUUGUGACCCAUGCAUGGCGCAAUAACAGUAUAUCUGAUCUCCAGCAAAACCCCACAACUGAUUAAGUAAUAAUGACCUUUUUUCAUAAUUAGGGGAUAUGACUGAUCUUUUUUUUCCAAAAUGAAAGGAAAUGUACACACUGUGCAAUUCAGAUUGAUACCUUUGUCUGUGUCUCUUUUUUAAGAAAAGUUCAGAAAGGUCAGCAUCAUCAUAGAUCUAGUGACCUUACAAUUACCAAAAUGUGCUUAAGUAGCGUUUAAAAAUGUUGGGUGUUGAUAAGGCGUUUGCAGCCUUUCCAGUUGGCAACUUUAAUGUUAACUCCUGCCUUCCAAACGACCAACAAAACCUCCAAAGAUUUAAAAACUGACGUUUCAAUUAGUGAAAAUGAAAUAAGGCAGGAUGUCCAUGUCUCCCUUUAGGACCCUGUCAUUUUCUUUUGUAAAGCGCUCAGACUUCCGGUUCUGCUCAUGGUGUUGCUCUUUGAAGUCCUCGUCCUGAGCUUUGGAAACACUGGCUAACAUUCCUUAGGGCAUGACACACAGAGCUGCAUUGGUCGUCCCGACACAACGUCCUUCCAGGAGAAUUGCAGCUUGUUAAACAGAGAAUUUCUGCAGAACAUGUUCUGUAGAAGUAGGAGACUGCAGCUACAGCUGCUUUCCAAAUGUCAGAGAAGAUAGUAUAGACAGGUGUUGAGUCAGAUGAGCCAUGUGCUUAUGAAGUCACUGAAAAAUCCCUAAUAUAGUCCCACAGACGUUCUUAAAGCCCUUUUAAAUACAUGAUUUUCUUUGUUUUUAUUCUUAAAGUUUUUUGGGUUUUUUUGAUAGGAGCUAUUCCUUUGGCUGGUUAUUCCUUUUUGGAAUUCAGGGUUGGGCGGUCUUGGUUUGAUGCCUUCACUGACUGUUGGUGUUCUGCCUUUGCUACAGAAAAACAGAUUUAAAUUAGAUUAUAUCACCUCCAGUCAUAAACAUUCUUUAUAAAGCCCACUACGGAAAUAAAUUACUUACUUGAAAUAACUAGUUCUUGAUUUUGUAACAAAAAUAUUGUUAAUACCAUCUUUCCACCUUGGUGAUUUUGCGUUUAUUUAAAAUCAAUCAGGGCAAUUAUUUUCUUUUU